ACCCCCUGGCCAAUCCGUCCGCACAGUACAAUUGUCCAUCGCUCGAAACACCUUCGAGAUCUUAUUAAAAAAAAAAAAAAUGUUCGCCAUGAAAUUCUUGGUUCUGCUCGCCGGGUUGGUCGCCGCGUGCUCGGCCGGCUUGAUCCCGGCCGCGGUCCCGGCCGCGGUCCCAGCGGCGUUCGCAGCGGCGCCGGUUCCAGCAGCUUUGACGGUGGGCACCUACGCGACCAGCUACAACGCGCACGCUGUUAACCACGCGGUCGCCGCGCCGUACAUCGCCAGCCCUGUAAUCGCCCACGCCGCGCCGCUCGCCUAUUCCAGCCUUCCCGCGGCGGCUCUGGUUGCAGGCAGACGCUGACGAUUCGCGCCACGACUCGAGGACAACCCGCUCGGGGAAACAUCCGGUUACGUUCCAACGAUGUGAUCGACCUUCGCGAUAAACCUUGGCAAAAGGUUUCCACCACCAUUCCGCCGGGAUCAUCCGGCCGAAUGUCGUUCUUGUCUUGGAACAAUGGAUUACGUUUCCACGCGAUU